GCCAACCCGUAAAAACACAAGAAGAAGAGAAAGCAACAGCAGCAGCAGCAGCAGCAGAAGAAGAAGGCGAACCGGUGCUAGGGAAGUAGCUUGUGACCUGUGUCCUCUUCAUGUUGUUGUAGCUUUUUAAAACAAGGUAUUUAACUCCCGUCUGUUUCAAGACGAUGACAAAACCUAAAGCAGAUCCAACCAUGUCGCUCCAGUUUGUUUACACCGACCAGGACUUUGUUACAGAUGUGCAUCGAAGCAGUGAAAAGAGUCCGUCAGCCAAGUUUGACGCUGUCAUCCAAGCCGGCUGGAGCGACAGGAUGGAGAGGGGACUUUUUCGCUACAAUCUGGGUGAUUUACAAACACGCAUUAUGCCGGGGUCACACAGCUACGUGGCACAGUUGAAUAUUCAAAGAGGUACAGAGAAAAGAAAGCCUCAGGAGAUACUGAGCAUUAAGCAGGAGUUUAACGCCAAACAGUUUCAUUUUAACAAAAUAAAUCCAGAGGAAAUUAUAUUUGAGAUGAUAAAGAACACAGAGGCAGGCUCAGCUUUGCACCAGCAGAGCAGGAUGGUCGUGCUGGUCAACGUCAGUCCACUGGAGUUUGGGCAUUGUCUCUUUGUUCCAGAUCCAUCGCGCUGUUUACCGCAGGUUCUGACGAGAUUUGCCAUCCAGGGCGGUAUCGAAUCUGUGCUCCUGAGCGCCGACACUGGCUUUCGCAUGGGUUUCAACAGUCUGGGAGCAUUUGCGUCAGUCAACCAUUUACACCUACAUGGCUAUUACAUGGACCAUGAGCUGAAGAUAGAAUCAAUGCUGCUCAGGCCAUUGGUUCCUGACAAGGGUUUUUAUCGCUUGUUGGACUUUCCAGCAGGUUUUGUGUUUUAUGCUGAAACAGAGGAGGUGGAGAAAGUUGCCAGAGCCAUUUGUGAAGUGACGGAUUUCUUGGUUGAUGGAAAUGUCGCUCACAACUUAUUCUUGACCAGAGGAUGUCCUCCCUGUGAACGGAUACAGGACGAAACAAAUGUCUGUCUGAGAAAAGGUGUUCGUAUCUGUGUGUGGCCCAGAAUGCUCUGCUUCGGUGCCAAAGAAGAUUCUGCGUUCAAUGUUGCUCUGUGUGAGCUGGCUGGACAUUUACCGUUCAAGAACAAGAAGGACUAUGAGCUCAGCACUGAAAAAGAUGUGAUGGACAUCAUUGAGCGGUAUCUUCUGCCUGACGGGGAGUUUCACAGCUUGGAACAGCAGCUUAUUCGUCUUUUAAUCGAUUCUUAAUGAAUGGAGGACUUGAUCAACCUUGUGCUUGAGCAACAAAUCAGAUGAAAUGGAUCCUUCAUACAUUUGUGUAAUUGUUCCAGGUUUUUGAUGACACAAAUAAAAUUUAACAAAUCCUGCACCAAAUACAAAUAUUUAGAUGUGUUAAUUAUUACAUUUUAAAAUCUGUGUUUUCCUUUCGCUAAAGGAUGUGUUAUAGUGAAAGUUGUAUUAAAUACAUUUGAAAACCAAUAAUAAUUUAUCUAAAACCUAAGGUUUGUGUUAUAUUUUUUUUGCUAUGUUAUGUGAAAACACAUUUUGGUAUGGUCAGGUAUAAUAGCACAGUUAAUGCAUUCUGCUCUGAAGAUGCUUCAAUCCAUUGAUUAUCAAUAAAGAAACAGAAGAAACAUGGAAUGUCGUUUUUCAUGCGAUGCCUGUUUCACCCCAAUACUCCUCAGCACAUACACACUGAUUAACAUACAAAUACAGCACAUGCAACAGUCUUGUCUGACAGUGGUAGUCGGAUCGAGCUGGAUCAGUGUAACACGUUAUCCCUGAAGAUCACAU